CCGUCUUUCCCGCUGUCCUCCCAUUGGCCUUUGCUGCGGCGGGGCGGGUUUCCGGUCAAUAGGAGGCGCGGCAGGGCUGGCGGGCGGGCCCGGCGGGGGGUCACAGGAUUUCGCGGCAAAUCCUCCCGCUUGCGGUAUUCAACGCAGAAAUAUCAGGUUGGAGGCAAACCAAGCGCGCGCGCGGAUCAGGUCGACUGGAUUGACUGACUUCUGCUGCUCCAGCCGAGCGAUUUAUGUGGUGCUUUCUUCUCUUUGCCUUGCCCGAACGCUCUUCUCUGACCGGCUCCUCUCAGCCUCCCAGCCUCUCAUCAUGAGCUUUCCCUCUGUAGAUGCCGGCCAAGCCGGCCAAGACCAUGACCAUGGCAGCAAUCCCAAGUCGGCUGCUCCCCCGAACAGCGCCUGGUUUCCCGACAUCAAGGGCCCCGAUGCCAUGGGGGAUGGCGAGCAGCAGAUCAUCGAGGCCGGCGAGGCCAAGUAUCACCGUCUCGGCUGGAAGGGGCUCACGGUCAUGCUUAUUGUGGAGGCCAUCGGACUGGGCUCCCUCUCGAUCCCCUCCGCAUUUGCAACCCUUGGCAUGGUCGCGGGGGUCAUCUGCUGCGUGGGUAUCGGCCUGAUUGCCAUCUACACCUCGUACGUGAUUGGGCAGGUCAAGCUCGCCUUCCCGGCCGUCCGCCAUUAUGGGGAUGCCGGGGCCUUGUUAAUGGGCCCCUGGGGCAACGAGCUGUUCACCUUCAUGUUAAUCCUGCAACUCAUCUUCCUCACCGGCUCUAACUGCUUGACCGGCACCAUCGCCCUGCGCUACAUCUCCGGCAGCGGCAUCUGUUCUGUUAUCUUCAGCGUGGUCUCGGCCAUCAUCCUGCUGCUGCUGUCCAUCCCGUCCUCGUUCGCCGACAUGGCCUGGCUCGGCUAUCUGGACUUCGCAUCGAUUCUGGCAGCGAUUGGCAUCACCAUCAUCGCGACCGGCAUCCGGGGCCAGGAGGCCCCGGGGGGCCUCGCCGCGGUGGACUGGUCCGCGUUGCCGCAAGACAAUCCCAGCUUCACGGACGCCUUCAUCGCCAUCAGCAACAUCGUGUUCGCGUAUACGUUUGCCAGCUGUCUCUUUUCCUUCAUGGAUGAGAUGCACACCCCGAAGGACUUCACCAAGUCCAUCUGGGCCCUGGGCAUCCUCCAGAUCGUCAUCUACACCGUCACCGGCGCGACCAUCUAUGCCUUCGUGGGCCAAUCAGUCGACUCUCCUGCCCUGGAAUCAGCCGGAGUGCUCGUUGGCAAGGUGGCCUUCGGCAUCGCCCUGCCGGUUAUUUUCAUCUCGGGGGCCAUCUGCACCAUCGUGGCCGGUCGACUGAUCCACGGCCGGAUCUAUGCCAACAGCGUGACCCGGUACAUCAACACGCCCAAGGGCUGGAUCACCUGGUUGCUGCUGAUCACCGUCCUGACCAUCCUCUCCUGGGUCAUCGCCGAAGCCAUCCCGUUCUUCGACGACCUCCUCUCGAUUGCGUCGGCCCUCUUCACCUCUGGCUUCUCGUUCUACCUCCCUCCCGUCAUGUGGUAUAUCCUCAUUCGCAAGGGGCCGUGGUAUUCGCGGGAGAACCUCCUGGUCAGCCUGACGAACCUGUUUGUCUUCAUUUUCGGUCUCAUCGUGCUCGUGGGUGGAAUGUACUCCACCGUCCAGGAUAUCCGCAACAACUACGCCACGGGUAACGUCCGGAGUCCGUUCACCUGCGGUGAUGUUUCGUGAUAGUUUUGCUUUCUGUUUCCCGAAUCAUUUGAAUGUCCCCCUUCCCUGAAAAGGUUCCCUCGGCGG